UAAUUCUUUCACGUGGUCAUCACUCUCCCCAUCUCUAUAUAGAGUCGCAUAAUUCACCAAUCACAUUACACUCAUAUUUAUACUAUACAAAUAAAUAUAAUGGAUGGAAAAAGUAAGAAGAGGAAAAUGGAGAAAGAGGAAGAAGAUGAGGAAGAGAAGAUGGAGAAGUUCUUUGCUUUGUUAAGAGAUACGCGAGAAAUGCGCGAACAGAUGAUGGGAGGGGUGAACAAAUCGCACGAGGAAAAAGGGAAGAGAGGUGAGGGAGAGAAGCCGUCGUUCCAACCGGAGGAUUUCAUGGAGGGUGCUAAUCAUGAUCGCCAGUCUAAAGGUACUACUACUCAGCCAAACUUAUUACCUGGUUCUUCCAAGAGAGAAGAUGAAGCUAAACAAGAAGAUAAACGGGAAGGAAGUGGCAGUGAUGGCUUAAAUCUCAAACUUUCUUUGUAAUGAGAGAGAGAGAGAGAAAGAGAGAGAGAGAUAGUAUGUGUGUGUGUGUGUGUGAGUUCUUAUGUUGCCAUAUCUGGUUUAGUAACAGGAUUACAAUGACAAAUGAGGAAAUAGAAAAAUGGGAAGAGAGAAAGUUGAGAGUUA